CGGGCGUCAUCUUAACGCUUCUUCCAGUCAUCCUUACAAACACAACAACCACGCGUCGGAUCGAUAUCGUUCGUCCCUGGGGAGUAAAUAAGAAUUGGGAGAAAGGAGAACAAUGAUUCUCAUCACCAGCAGCCCACCAUGAUGGCAUUUUCAGGGCUCCUCAAACCAUCCAGCCCCAAACAACCUCGACGCAACAGCCGCGCCUCCGCACUGGUCUCCACGCCAGCAACCUCGUCCGACCAGAGCUCCGAAGCAAGCCCCUCGAAAGAACCUCCUGUAGAGCGCUUCAUCCGCGAGGAAACUUAUAUCUCUAUACCCAAGCCCGAGGAUCCGGACUUGCGAGAGCUGAACAACAGCCUCGCCGCUCUGGCUGCUAUCUUCCCCGAUGUGCAGGUUGAGGUCUUCCGGGAGAUGCUGGCGAGUUUCGAUGAGGAAUCUAGACUUGCAGUUGUGACGGAGACACUGCUCAAGCAUAAGAUGAAGUGGGUGCGAGGCAGAUACAGAGUUACAUGCAAGGAGAAAGCCCAGCAGACGACGAAACCGUUUGCGGAUAUGUCUAUACAGACUGAUGGGGAGGCACUUGUUUCUCAGGAAGAGAAGUUCAGGAGCGUAGACUACAAGAAGGCUGUUAAGGUGGUGGCUUAUCAUGAGUUCAAGGGUCUGUCGAGAUCUACGAUUAAUGCUGUCCUUGCCGAGUUCAACCAUUCUUAUACCCUGUCACGACCAACGCUUAUUGCUCUAUCCUCGAAAUCAUGGCGCUUCUCUCUAUCAUCGCUCUUUUUGCGGCGGAAACCGAUGUCUUCUUCGGAAGCAGAACAUCAUCCUUUGGUUAUUUGGCAGUCUUCGGGUCAAGGAUCUAUAGUCCCUACACUAAAAACCACUGGGUCUCCAGAGCUGGACAAGGAGCUUUUUGAAUCUCUCAUACGGCCGCUCAAAGAACGGAUGCUUGCAGAGAGAGAGGAGAGGGAUCAUGUGCUGGCUUUGGAGCUGAAUAAUACUGAGGCAGAAGCAAAUGAGGCUUUAAGUGAUUGCGAAUGUUGCUAUACGUCUACAGCAUUCGAGGAGCUCUCGGCUUGUGAUGGAGGACAUUUCAUUUGUUUCCAGUGCGUACGUCAUGCAGUUAAUGAGGCAGUCUUCGGACAAGGAUGGCAACGAAACAUCGACCUCAAAAUCGGCACAUUACGCUGUGUAGCUGCCAUGGCCGAUGACUGUCAAGGCUGCAUCCCUCAAGCGCUCGUCCGACGAGCCUUUCUCGAAGAAAAAUCCGGCAAAGACGUCCUACGUAAACUAGACGAACGUCUCGCGGAGGACAACCUUCUUAAGACCCAACUCCCACUGAUUCGCUGCCCCUUCUGCCCCUACGCGGAAGUUGACGAGCUGUACCUACCCGAAGCUCACCAUUCUUGGAGACUGAAACGAGUUGGAGCUUCUGACCUAUACACACUUGUAAUUUUGACUUUAGGCGUUGGCAUGAUACCCUUUCUUUUACCAAUUUUCUUGUUCUUUUCCUUUCUCUUUCUGCUUGUGUCCUCACGGCAGACAUUCGGCGAUUUCGCCUUUGGGCACUUCAACGCCUCUGUCAUUCGCCUUCGGCGUAAAAGACUCGGCCUAAAAUUCACAUGCCAGAAUGAAGAAUGCGCACGAGCAUCCUGCAUUUCAUGCUCUAAAGCUUGGACGGAUAUCCAUAUCUGCCAUGAGUCCUCGCUCCAAGCUUUAAGAACACAAGUCGAGCUCGCUAUGUCCCUAGCCAUCAAACGGACAUGUCCGCGCUGCAAUACCUCCUUCGUCAAGUCGUCUGGCUGCAACAAACUUACCUGUGUCUGUGGCUACCAGAUGUGCUAUGUGUGCCGGAAGGACAUUGGCAACGGUGAAGGAUACCGGCACUUCUGUGAGCAUUUCCGCCCCAAUGGAGGGAGAGGAUGCACAGAGUGUUCGAAGUGCGAUCUUUACCGUUGUGAAGAUGACGAGGUGGUGGUUAGGAAGGCGAAGGAGGAGGCCGAGAGGAGAUGGAUGGAGAAAGAAGGAGGCAAUUUGGGUGGCGAUGAGAAGAUUAGGAAGGUAUUGGAGGAGAAGUGGAUCAGUGGAGGGGAGAAGGGCUGGUGGGAUGGGCGGGGGUGGCAGUGGAGGAUGCCGGACUGUGGGCAGAUUUUUGAUGCACUGGUUGAGGGACUUGUUGAAUGAUUGGGUAAUCACUUGUGUUUUUUUCUUGGGCUUGGUUAGGGGGAUUGCAUUUGGAUCGGACUCGGGAAGGACUGGUUUGCAUCGGACGGCUGGUUUUGAAGUCUACUCGUGGGCUUUUUGGAGUACAAGGAAGGCAUGGAAAGCCUUGGUAGCUUGUUUUUCUGACCAGAACGAGAAUCAGAUUGGUCUCGUACAUUAAAUUACAGGGGUAUCUAUCUGAUAUGUGACAUAUGCCAACAGAGAACUCCAUAGCGCCGUCCUUCUCUAGGUGAUCCGAACCUCGCUUAAUCCAGUUCCACCUUUUCUUCCAUCUCUAAUAGUCGGUUCCCCUUUGUGAGGCUGCGAGCUCUCGCUUACAGUCGGUGAAAGCAAGUGUCACGGGAAAGCAAGUG